UCUUAUCGUAAUAUCGUUACCUCGUCAUUUUAAGCAAUGUUUCUCAAAGCUAACAAACUUCCAAUGUCUCUUAACCACUAUUUUAUUCACUUCGCGCAAUCUAUAAGUUAGUGCGUCACUCUGUUCUGUCCGCUGUCAUUCGUAUUGUUGGUUGACAAAUACCAAGUGAAGACUCAUAAAAUGAAAAUGCUGUUGGUCACCUAGGGUAGCAUUGUGGAUAACAUGUCAUCGGAUGGCACCAAAAAGCCAUCUGAAGAUAACGAGAAGCUACCCGAGGACAUCAAAAAGUCAUCCUCGUCUAGAGUCAAUUUUAUGAUUCAAGAAGCUUCUAAACUUGAAGUUUCUGGCAUUUCACAAUUGUAUAAUUGUGUUCGACAACGUAUGAUGGACGUUGGUUUAUUAGAGGAUAAUCGAAAUCUUAGAAAUACCAUUGAUGCUCCAUGGUUAGAUGAUGAAGCUAUUCAAUUAAAAUUAUCUUAUCAAGAAGCUAUUACACUUUGGACAACAUGGCCAACAUCUUUAUGCGCUGAUAGAAUUAAAUUAAUACGUAAACAAUUCAAUGAGAAAUUAAUUGAUUUACGUCAAAAAUGGGAAGAGAAAAUUAAUAAUUGUCGUAUUAUGGAUCAUAGAACUGCUGAAAAAGCUUUAAAAUUAAAUGCAACACAAUAUAAAGAAUUAUUAUUAUUUACAUCUGGUCAAGAACAACAACACCAACAAAAUAAUGCUCCACCAUAUUGUUCAAUGCCUGCUUCCUCUUCAAACAAGAGAUCUCAUCACAAUUAUCAUCCAUAUGAUUUGAAUCAAAAUCAUCAUUAUCAUCGUCAACGUCAUCAUCAUUAUCAAGACUCGUUAAAUAUGCCACGGACUAUGAUGAAACAAUCUGAUCGUCAACCAUUUAGUUAUUAUAUUCCAAAUGAUGUCAAUAUGACACCUCAAGAUAAUCGACGUAUUCAUGGGGUAGCAUAUCAAAAUUAUUUCCAUGGAUCAUAAUACUGUUUAUAUAUAUAUAUUCUAUGUAAAUAGUUUACCACCUAUCUCGUAGUUUUUUAUAUAUUCUUAUUCUUAUUACUAUUACUAUUAUUACUUAAUUUCAGCAAUAAGCGUCACCUUCCUUUAUGUGAUUGUUACUUUAUUGACAAGUGGUAAUUGAGGAGAAGGGUGUAAAGUGCCUGAUAAAAUAAUACUGCAUAAAAAACAGAUACUCUUAGUUAAUUUGAACAUUAUUUUAAUUAUACAGUAAGUAUAUUGAUAGUUUUCUGUAUAAUUAAAAAGUUAUGUAAUUCGACCAUAUUAAAGUAGAUCCAGGUUAAGACGGUUCAGGAUCUACUGUUCGGUUGGUAGAUAGAAUGAAGUAGUGAAUCCUUGUCUAUUGAGUUGGUUGCGAUAUGUGGUUCGCAUGCCUAACUACCUUCUAUUUCAACAUGCAAUAUUUAUUAAUGUAGAGGAAGGUUAAAAAGAAGCUAGGAAUCACCAACGCAAGACUUAUCAUUAGUCUAUAAAUUCGUUGAAUGUUAAUCUGAGCCAUGUUGGCAGAUGGGGACUAACUAGUUUGGUGUUCUGCAGUUAUCCCGACAAAUGGUUGGAGACAUUAGAUGACACAGCGUGCAACUGAUCACAGUGCCAUAGAUGUGUCUACCGUCUGAAUUUCCUCAAACUCUAGUUUUUAAAAUUUCCUAUUUUAUUUCGUGAAUUUAAUCUUCUCGAAUCAAAUUGUCUUUGCCUGACGUUUUCGUGGAUUCGAAAUAGUUUAAUCCUGUUAAGGCUAAGAUUUCGACAAGAAGUCGGAUUUAAAGUAUGCA